CACCAAGUGGUUUUUGUCUUUGAUGCUGAACUAGAAAGAUCCUUUCUUUCCAAAAAACUGCGGAUACUCUGGUUUUAACGGGAGCGCUCAUCGUCCUCAGCAGAGACAAUUAAAUGUUUUUUAAAGUCGUUUAUCAUAUUACUUGUUAACUUUCUCCUGGAUUAUAACUUUGUACUUUGUCUUUUUUUUGUUGGACUCUGGGAUCUGAACCAAAAACCGAAAGAAAACUUGGUUUUCCAGGAGGGUCAUCUUUGACUUUCUGACAUGCCCCCCAGCAGAAUUGUUGUAGUGUUCACUUUAUUCUUCACAGCUGGCUCUGGCACCACAGUAUAUGACACUUACAGUGACUUUACCGAGGAAGACAACACUCCUCAACUAGACUACAAAGACCCUCACUGGUGUCACUCUCCGAGUCUGACCAAUGGGGAGGUGAGCUGCCACUCUCCUCGAGGAGGGGCCUACAGGAGCACACUGGGCACCCGCUGUGAGAUGAGCUGCGACCGAGGAUACAGACUGCUGGGGAGAAGCUCUAUUCAGUGCCUCGCCAGCCGCCGCUGGUCUGGGACUGCUUACUGCCGCAUGAUGCGUUGCCAUGUGCUGGCUCUCAUCCCACACGGCAGAUACACCUGUACUCAUGACUUCAUGGUGGAUUCCAGGUGUGAGUUCACCUGUGACCCCGGCUAUCGCAUUGAGGGAGAACACUCGCGCACCUGUCAGCACGGCGCCUCAUGGAGUGGAGUCCAGCCAGUUUGUUCAGAUACUGAUCCUCCAAAGAUCAAGUGUCCCCCAUCCAGACUCAAGGUCGCCGAGCCAGGAAAACUCACUGCCAGGGUAACCUGGGACCGCCCCGCUGCCACAGAUACCGCUGAUAAAACACUUGAUGUAAUAUUAGUGGGCCAGCAGCCAGGCACCGACUUUAAUGAAGGAGCAAAUAUUAUCCGAUACAAAGUGUAUGAUCAAGCCAGGAACAGAGCUGCCUGCAAGUUUAUUGUCCGUGUUGAGGUGAGAAGAUGUCCAGUACUACCUCCACCUCUGCAUGGAUAUCUCACCUGCUCCUCUGAUGGGAAUAACUACGGUGCAACGUGUGAAUACUAUUGUGAUGGAGGAUAUGAGCGGAGGGGGGUAGCUAGUCGUGUCUGCCAGUUCAACCGCAGCUGGGGCGGACGGGCUGCUGAGUGUGUUUCAAUGGAGAUUAAAUCAGAUGUAAAGACAGCCUCUGCCCUCCUGGAUCAGUUCUAUGAAAAGAGGAGGCUGCUGAUCAUGUCUGCCCCCAACAUCUCUGACCCAGACUACCAACUGCAGAACAUCAUGAUACAAAAAUCAGACUGUGGAUUAGACCUGCGUCAUGUAACCCUGAUCGAGCUCCUGGGCUCCCCGCCACGCGAGACGGGCCGCAUUAAAGAGAGUCUGCUUGGCUCUGAAGUCAUCGAGGGUUUGAGACAAGUAUUCAGAAUUUCCAGAUCCUACUUCAGCAUGGUGCUGCUGGACAAGCUCGGACUGGACCGCGAGCGUUUCAUUACCCCAAUGGCGUCGGAUGAGCUGUUCUCCUACAUCGACAGCUUCCUGCUGGAUGAAGAGGAACGAGAGAGGCUCGAGCUCCACAGAGACUUCUGUGACUAAUUUAAUAAACCCCUCUGGUUGCCACAGUGAUAAACUCAUCAGUAUUACUAUCACAAGAUGGGGAAGGACAAACAACCAGAAGCCAGGUCCAGAGGAACAUGAAGAGGGAAACGAGGACAAGAAGGCAGUUCCACAUGUUCAAAUGUGAUCAUUAUACAACACUGAAGUGAUAGCACUGUUUUCUCUUAAUCAAAUCAUCAGCUGAGGGGCAUGGAGGCCAGAUUCAGAAAACAUAGCAGACAAGGUUUAGGGAGAAACUAUCAGUAAAUAAAUAGAUUAUCCAAAGAAAGUCUGUUAGUAACCUGUGGUCUAAUGAGAACUAAAAGACCUAAAAUUAUAACGAACAACCACCUGACAAGCACUUGAGCGGACAGAUCAUUUAAGAAUCCAGAUGGUAUUUAAGUGUAAUAUAGAUCUGAGGCAAUCAUGCAUGGGUUAGGUUUAGUCUGUUUGUAUAGGGUGAACAGAACUCUGAAAUAAUCCUGAUUCUGAUCACACUCAAAUGAAGAGUUAAAAGUUACAAAUCUACAUUUAUGUCCUAGAAUAGACAAAUUUAUAAAUUUCAAAUAGAGAUUCUUAUUCAACUUAUAUAAGUAUAACUUUACAUGAUAGCAUUAUUUUAAAAUACAAUGGUGUAGAUUAAACUAAGCACAAUUUUUUUGGAUGCAACAUUGGAGAAAUUGUGUAUAAUACCAGUUUAUAAUGAAUUGCAUCCUCUUGUAUCAGUGUAAUUCUGUACACAACCGUAAGAAAAAGGGCGACAUAUUUGUGACACAGUUUCUGUGCAUGAUUUUUAAUCGCAAUAAUAUAUACAGUCUGAAUUUUAAAAAGAUAAAAUGACUGUGUCAGUGCUUUUAAAAUAAAGACUUUAGUGUUGUA